GAGAAGGCUCCCCUCACCUAUUCACCUCCUCUCCUUUUCCUUUCAUCUGCCAUUAAUUUUUGAUUCCCCCAUUGGUCUUCUCCUUCCAUUGGAUUGUACAGAUUCCUACCUAAAAACCCAUCAUAGUCCUGUAAAUUUUUCCUCUUCAAUUUCUCCUUUUUUUUGCCUCUGUGUUUUUCCUCUUUGUUUUUGGGUCUACAGACUGAGAAAAAGAGAGAGAGAGGAGAAGGGGAAAGAAAAAAGAACAAAAGAUAGUUUAUGGAUUGCACAGAAAAAGCCUCUCCAAACCCACCCACAUAGUUUUAUUAAAAAUAUAUUUUGCAGAAAUUUUUUUCCCUAAUUUUGUUAAGACUUUGAUAUAUAAAAGGAACUGCGUUUUUUUGUUUUUCGGGUUUUUUUAUUUUUGCUGAAUUUUUGUUUGAAAUUGAGGAGGAGUUGGGAGGCAUGGGGAAGCAUGGACCUUGCCGCCAUUGUGGUGUCACAACUACUCCUCUUUGGCGAAAUGGCCCCCCCGAUAAGCCAGUUCUCUGCAAUGCAUGUGGUUCAAGGUGGAGAACAAAGGGUUCUUUGACUAACUACACCCCUCUUCAUGCUCGUGAACCAAUUGAUCAAGAAGAAUUCAAAAUGGCCAAGCCCAAAGUGAUACCUUUCAAGCCCAAAGAGAAACGACUGCAGAAGAUAAAGCAGAGCUGUGGUUCUGUGGAAAAAAGACAUGAAAUCCCAUAUUCUGACCAGAAUUUCCGGAAAAUUCUAGAGGGGGACCCGAGCAAUCGGUCUAGCUCUGGAUCGGCAACUUCAUAUUCAGAGAGUUGUGCACAUUUUGGAACCACCGAAGCAAGUGAUUUGACAGGUUCGGCUCAAUCCAAUGUUUGGGAGUCACAAGUGCCAUCCAAGAAAAGGACGUGCAUCUUGCGCCCUAAGCCCACUCCUGUUGAAAAACUCACAAAAGACUUGUACACAAUAAUGCACAAACAACAGUCUUCUUAUCUUUCAUCAUCAGAAGAAGAUCUUCUCUAUGAAGGUGAAACUCCAAUUGGUUCUUUUGAGAUUGGCAAUGGAAGUUUUCUCCUUAGAUAUCCUAAUCCAAAAGCCAUUGAGGAGGAAUCAGAAGCAAGCUCAUUUCCAAUUGAUAAGUCAUGCAUAGCCAAUGAGGCUUAUUCAGGUUCAGCAUCCUUUCCUGUACAUAGUGAAAGUAAAGGAAUGCUGUUAGCAGCUGUUGGCAUUGAAAAAUUGAACAACUCCACAAUAAAUGUGGCACAAGGGAAUGUAAAAAGAGAUAUAUCUUGCACUGAUAAAUUGCCCCUUCUUCGAGAUAGAGGCUCACCCCUUGGUUUCACUGAUUUGAAAGACAUUGUUAACUUUGAGGUGUCAAUGAGGCAUAUGACGGAUGAAGAACGACAGAGACUGAUGAAAUAUCUUCCUUCUUCAGAUACUGCUAAAUAUCCUGAAAGCCUCAGAACCAUGUUUAACAGUUCUCAAUUCAUGGAGACUUUCUCAUAUUUCCAGCAACUACUUCGAGAAGGAAUCUUUGAGUCGUCCAUUUCAGGAACAGACAAUGGAGAUUAUAGGAUUUUGAAGAGGCUUGUAUUACAGAAUUUCUCGAGACCUACAUGGGUUGAACACUAUAAAAGGCUGAAGGAUAUUAAAAUAAAACAGAAUUUCGGAAGAAAGGAAAUAGCAAGCAGAUCUAUUUCUCUUGAACACUCCAAUUUCACGUCCCUUAAGAGGGCUGGAGACUCCCAGAGUCUGCAUCUUUCAGAGCUCCACAGUGCCGUGAAAAGCCCAAAAAGACUGGCCAAAUCCGGAGGAAGUGGUACAAAUCCUCAAUCAAUAGUUUCUCUUCAGCCCAACUCAACAAACUCAAGAACAAUAUAUGAUGCUGAGGAAUUUGUUGAUAAUGAUGGAACUUGUUUCAGUCCAAGAACGAUCUUUGCUACACCCGAGAGGAGCUCUUUGCUCUGCUCUCUUCAAUUCACAGAUGAUAGUUCUGACCAUGAUUUGCUCUUGGAUAUCCCUAAUAACUCUUCGUUCCCCGAUGCUGAACUUCUUUAUAAUCCGAGAAAUCAGAAAAGGGGUUGUAGAAAUAAUUUGUGUGCAGCGAGUGGAGUUAUUGCUGAUGGAGAAGAGAGCCUCUCUAGCUUCAGUAGCCAAAAGCCUAGAUAGUGAUAGUAGAAUAGGGUUGUUAUGGACUUUUGUUAUCUUGCGACAAACUUCGUAGCAACAAAGAGAAAAAAAAAAUGAUUAUUGGGUUUACGUUGGUAUCCUCAAUGUAUUUUUAUGAGCAUGGAAUUAGCUAAAAACUGACAGUUCCUUAGGAACUCAAGUCUAAACUUGUUGGAGAUUAAACUGGCAAGUGGCUUCCUUCAUUGUACAGGUCAAAUGUACAAAAAUAGCCUUUUACCAGUGUUAAUGAUGGUGAGGAUUGAUAUCAAACCAUUGAUUGCAUCAGCCAAAGCUAAUUCUUCAUCAGCAUUUUUAUGGGCGUUUCAAUCCAGCAAGAAUUUGAUGAUUACGUUUCUGCACUAUGAGCAUGGAUUUCGAAGUUGGGAGUUGAAGAAUUGUUUCGAGAUCUUGUAACUCUGUAGUUUUGUUUAUCUUAUACAUGAAUGUUUGAAGCAUGGAGAGGUGUACAAGUAUGUGCAAUGUGUUUUAUAGAGAUCUUGUAGUCAUGGCAAGCGCAUAAGCCAUGUGCUAAAGUAUGUGCAAUGUGUUUCAUAGAGUUUGUGGAGGUUUAGCUUGAUGUAAUUGGGUGGGUGUGGAAAAUGUUGGUUGUGCUGCUUUUUUGUGACAUAAAACUUUAAUAAAGGGGUUAUUUGGUUCAUAAA